AUGAUGGCUCCUCAGCAGCUCCUGUCACCCAACCAGCUGCAGGCUCUGAUCCAACACAAACAACAAGCUCUCAUGCUCCAACAGCAACAUCUGAAGGAGUUUUACAAGAAGCAACAACAACAGAUUCACCUGCAGCUGCUUCAGCAUCAGCCCGGCAAGAAGGUCAAAGAGCUUCCUGCACAGCAGCUCGUGUUCCAGCAGCUCCUCAGGCUCCAGCAGCAGCAGCAGCUCCUGCGGGUGCAGAGACCAGUCCUGUCUUCCCCUGCCCUCUCUACAGGUCACUCCAUAAGCACUCCAACUGUACAAUGUGCUGUGUGUGUUUUUGAUGUUACAGUCAGUUUCAGUCCUGCGGAGAUGAUGCAGAUAUGGAAAGAGCUCACAAACGAAAUAACUGAAGAAAACACUCCAACAAAGGUCAAUCAGGACUCUUCUGCUAACAACAUCAUGUCGCCCAAAGUCCCAGUGAAAGUGAAGGCACACCAGCAGCAGACUUCUCCUCCUGGCGGGGCAGAGUGUGCUGUUAAAGCGGACCACAGCGCCACACACGCUCUCUACACUCAUGGUGUGUGCAGUUGGCCCGGAUGUGAGUGGGUUUGUGAAAACCUCAGCCAGUUCAUCAGGCAUUUGGGCAGUGAGCACGCUCUGGAUGACAGGAGUACAGCACAGUGCAGAGUCCAGAUGCAGGUGGUUCAGCAACUUGAGCUCCAGCUCGGCAAAGAACGGGACCGCCUGGGCGCGAUGAUGGCUCACCUUCACCUGCCGUCUUUAGGAACUCAGUCCAUCUCUGCACCCGCAAGACUGCAGUCACCUCAAUCUGAUACGGCCGCUGACCCGUGUGAUCUGCAGCUCGGUUCGGUCUCUGCCACCGACGACCCGUCCUCGCUGAGCCCGUCAGACUCAGCUCAGGUUUCUCCCCGACCUCAUGGCCCAGUCAGCACGCCCUCCCUCGAGUGUGAGGAAGACUUUCCCACUCAGACUUCAUGUGCGGGGGCCAUAAGACGUCGUCAUCACCCUCUGCUCUAUUUAAUGUCUCCAGAAAAUGAAUAUGAGCUGUACAAGAACACGGACAUCAGACCACCAUUCACAUAUGCAACCCUGAUAAGACAGGCGAUCAUGGAGACAUCAGACAUGCAGCUAACACUCAACGAGAUAUACAACUGGUUCACACGGACGUUUGCUUACUUCCGACGAAACGCUGCCACAUGGAAGAACGCUGUGAGACACAACCUGAGCCUGCACAAGUGUUUUGUGCGCGUGGAGAACGUGAAAGGCGCCGUGUGGACGGUGGACGAGGUGGAGUACCAGAGGAGGAGGUCUCAGAAGAUCACAGGGAGUCCAUCUCUGAUGAAACACGUGUCCUCCAGCCUGGAUUAUGGGACUGUUCUGAAUGUCGGCUUGAAGACGGCGCUGUCUGAGGCGUCUCUGCCAGGUUUCAGGGAGUGUGUCGGCAGAAACUCCAAAAGGCCGAUCCCGGAGAACAAAGUAAUGAACAGGCACCGUAUCAAGCAGUCGCUUUUCCUUAAAGAUGAGAGGCUGAAUCUGAUUGACCAAGAAUCGGUUAAACCAGGAAGUCUGCAGGAUGAGGUCGAACAUGAAGACGAUUUGUUCGACCUUGAAUGACUAAAGAAACGCUUCUCGUCUGAAACAAUCAGCUGCAAAGACGAGAGACGCCCUUUGUUCACAAUCAGGGAAGUAGCCCAACAUUAAGCAUUAGAACUUCAGUGUAAAGAAUCGGACAAAAUCAACCAAAAUACAAAGUAACUUCCUGCAGGGCGUAUUUAUUUCUGCUCAUGGAAACUGAUUGGUGUUUGUUAUCUUUGCAGUACUCCACCUUAGCUUCAGAUCAUUCAGAAACUGAAGUGAAAAAUGAUUUUGAUCUGCUAAAUCUUUAACAUUUGUGCAGAUGCCACACUUUAAAUAAUUAUGAAGGAGAAAGGACAUUAAAGAAUUCAAGAAAGGAAUCAAACUAAAGCAAAAACAACAAAACUUGUUUUCUUUUAAUCAAGGGGGAAAUAAUACUUUGUCGACCCAUAAAAAAACCCAUCUUUUUGUGGAAAUAAUAAAUCAUCAUGUCCAAAGUGAGUGAUUCACAGAAUAUUUGCUACAUGAGGAGAGUAAAAAGUUUAUGUUUCGUGUGUUCAUUGUCAGAGCUAAAAGAAAAAAAAAACACAAUCUGAAUGUGAAUGCUGCGUCACUGCGAAGAGAGAGACCUUUUUUAUGUUAUUUAAAAAAAUAAAAACCUGUACAGCUUGUGCUGUGGCUCCUGUUUGUUAUCCGCAUAGAUGAAAACCUCUUGUAAGAUGCAUCGUGUCCCCUGUGUCUCUUCCUGUGUCUCUUCCUGUUUCUCUGUGUGUAACACAACUCUUUAAUUCAGCGCUUUGUUCCUGAAACAAUCAGCCGUGUUCCAAACAUUACACUUUGAUAAUAUUUGGAGUAUUUACAAUAGAAACUAUGACCAAACAACAACUCUGUCUUUAUGCUGCUUAUUGUGUCUGAUGUUACAAAAUGACAUGUUCUGUGUUGUUCGUCAAUGAAUGCUGAUGAGUUUAUCAUUGAUAUACCUGUGAGUGACGGCUUUGAGGUAAAUGUAUUUAAAACUCUUUAUUUAAAUGACAUGCACUGUUGAACCACCCGUAUACAGAUUCAAGUUUCACCACAUGAUGCCAUGUCACAGUUUAUGUCGAUUGUUUGGACAUUUUACACAAAAAUAAAAAUAAAAAUCACAUUAUCUGGCUUUACUCUCAUGUUGUCAUGUUCAUACGUCUGUGAGUAACUAAAUAAAAAACAAAGGAAGGAAUUACAUUUUCAAAUGUGACG